UACUUUAUGAUGUUGGUCAUCGUUAUCCUUGUUUUCUGUUUACAAUCUGUGAAUGGUCAAGAUGCCUGUUCAACAGGAUUGUGUCAGUGUACGAGGCUUACAGCACGUUGUUAUAAUAAAAAUCUUACCUACAUUCCAAAGUUUCCUAGGAAUAUCACAACAAUCAACUUGACGAAUAAUUCUUUUCGUGAUAUCGGACCAACUACAUUUUUAAAUAUCAGCAACACAAGCAUAGUAAAUAUUAUAUUAAGCCAUAACGAGAUUCACACUAUUCGCGAAAAUGUGUUACAAAAUCUAUCUCAUGUUCAUUCAUUGGACUUAUCUGAUAAUCUACUGACUUCAGAUUCCUUACGGAACCUAUUCUCUAGUGUCCAGAAUGAUAGCCAACUCUCAAAAAUAUCAUUGAAGAAGAAUCGUUUACAAGCUAUUCCAUUUGACGUUUUUGAUGACUUUAAAUCCCAGGAUAGAAUAUUAAUGGACUUAUCUAACAACAAAAUCGAAGAGUUUAAUAUUUCAACUUUUCGAUCAAUUAAAAAUUUAGGAGAAUUAAAUCUAGGGUAUAACAAUAUAUCGAAAAUGGUAACAGCUGUUAUUACACAGUUAGAAUACAUCUCUAUUAAUAAUAACAAUUUUGAUAGCUUAUCAGACUUUUGUGUUCCCCAAACCUCCUUUCCAAAUUUACAGAAAAUACAAGUACAAGGCAACCGUAUUGGUAAUUUUAUUCCAGAACACUUAAACUGUAUCAAAAAUUUGGAAUACCUGGAUUUGAGUCAGAACGCCAUUGUCUCUCUAAAAACGGAUUCUUUUCAUUCUUUCAAGUCUCUAAUUUGGCUAUCUAUCGAAGCCCAAAGGAGUCCAGAUUCGCUUAUUAUACAAGAACGUGCAUUCAAUAACAGCAACAUUGUUACCCUGAUGUUGUCAAGGAACAGAUUAUCUAUUAAACACCUGGACGAACAUGCUUUCGAUGGAUGUGAUAAUAUAAGAAAAUUACACUUGUCUAAAAAUUAUUUCUUUACAAAUGAGGAAAAAUUAAAUGUUGCGCUUGCUCCUCUGAAAACUCUUAAAAAAUUAGAUCUAAAUGGAUGUGGAUUACGAAUUAUACCCAAUGUUGUAGCUAAGCAUUUUCAUGAUCUAAGGUAUUUGUAUAUUAGGUUGAAUAAAAUAAAAUCAUGGCCAGAUAAUUUCUUUAAAAAUAAUAUUGAUUUGCAAGAAUUAGAUGUCUCGGACAAUUUAAUCCAGACUAUUACAAAUAAAAUGUUGUCUAAAAUGUUACGAGAAAGACUGAAAUUCAUAUCAUUAGGUAACAACCCAUUCGUGUGUAAUUGUGAAUUAGUUUGGUUAAUUCAAUGGAUUCAUCGAGCACCAGACAAGUUUUUUAACUAUCCUCUAGGAUACAGAUGUCUCAACAUAACUGAAAAAAUAUGUCUGAACAAUACAGGAGUGUUUAUCUCUGUAACAACUGUUGCGUGCUUCUUUAUCUUUGUUAUUUUUAUCAUAUCUGUUAUCUUCAUAUAUAUCUGGGAUAUUAAAUAUCAUAUUUAUAUGUGGAGAUACAAACCCAGAGAGUUAUUGGAUAUUGCAGAGAAACAUUUUGUUUAUGACGUGUUUGUUGCGUACUGCGUAGAAGAUAGCGACUGGGUUUUAGGUAGUCUUUUACCCGUCAUGGAAGAGGGUGAAAACAUUAAACUGUGUAUCCAUGAAAGAGAUUUUCAAGGUGGAGGACUGGAUAAUAUUGUACAGCAUAUGGAGAACAGUCGUAAAGUUCUUGUUUUUUUGUCCAAUGAUUUUGCUAGAAGUAAAUUGUGUCAGUUUGAAAUGAGUUUAGCCCAGAAGCUAAUUAUAGAUAUGAGUAUAGAGUCAAUAGUAGUCGUAUUGCUAGAGAAUAUAGCAACAGUUAAUAUGAGUAAGUCAUUAGACGCUCUAUUAAAAACAACUACUUAUAUAUCAUGGGAUGAUGAAGACGAGGAAGAUGUAUUUUGGCAUAAAAUAAAAACAUCACUAAAUCGUCCAUAUGAAUUAUGAUUAAACCAGAGUACACACAGCUCCU